AUGGAGGCUGGAUUUGUGCGAGAGCAGCCGGAACCGAUCGCCAUUGUCGGCAUUGGAUGUCGGUUUCCUGGCGGAGCAAGUACUCCAUCUAAGCUGUGGGAUGUCUUGAAGGAGGCCCCAAACACCGCAAAGGUGAUCCCCCCCCAGAACGCUUCAACCUCGACAGAUUCUACCACCCGGUGGGCACCCAUCACGGUACAAGUAACGUCAAGGAGACCUGCUUCCUGGACGAAGCUGGACGAAGACGUCAGACGAUUCGAUGCAGGCUUCUUCAAUAUCCCCCCUCCUGAGGCUGGCGCCAUGGACCCUCAGCAUCGUCUUCUAAUGGAGACGGUCUACGAAGCAAUGGAGGUCUCUGGCACGACCAUUGAGCAACUUCAUUGGUCGAAUACGUCUGCGUUUGUCGGAGUCAUGUGCAGCGACUACUAUAUCCUUUCUGCACAAGACUUGGAUAGCGUCUCGACGUACAACUCGACGGGCAUCGCAAACAGCAGCGCCUCUGCUCGUCUUUCCUACUUCUUUGACCGGCACGGUCGCUUGGUGGCUGUCCACCAGGCCGUUCAAGCUCUCCGGGCUGGCACCUCCCUUGUAGCUGUGGCCGCAGGCACCAAUCUCCUGCUGUGUCCCCUGGGGUACAUGUCUGAGAGUCUUCUGGGCAUGCUUUCGCCCAGUGGACGAUGCCAAAUGUGGGAUGAGAAGGCGGAUGGCUACGCCCGAGGAGAGGGUGUUGCCUGUGUGCUACUGAAGAAAUUGAGCGAUGCCAUUGCGGACGGUGACCAUGUUGACUGCGUUAUUCGUGAAACAGGAGUCAAUCAGGACGGCAAGACUAAAGGCAUUGCUGUGCCGAGCGCCGUCUCUCAAGCCUCCCCGAUCCAGAGAACCUACCACCAAGCUGGGCUGGACCCGAGGAGCAAAAAGGAUCGUUGUCAGUACUUUGAAGCACAUGGAACUGGUACUCCUGCAGGUGAUCCGCAAGAAGCCGAAGCUUUGGAUACGGCCUUCUUCCAGAAUUCAGAAAGAGAUGCCAAUGACAUUCUUUACGUCGGAUUCGUAAAGACCGUAGUUGGCCACACCGGAGGCACCGCUGGUCUGGCGGGCAUCAUAAAAGCCUGUCUCUCCAUCAAGCAUGGCAUUAUUUCUCCCAACCUGCAUCUAGACAACCUGAGCCCGUCAGUAAAGCCUUUCUGCAAGAAUCUCGAGGUAGUGACAUCUAUUAUGCCGUGGCCAGAGUUGCCUGCUGGUCAAGUUCGACGAGCCAGCGUGAAUAGCUUUGGAUUUGGAGCAACCAACGCCCACGCCAUCCUGGAGAGUCCCUGGUAUUCAGGAGACUUGCAAGCUCAGGUUCAGGACCGCACGCCUGGAUCGGUAGACAAAGAAGCUCUUCAUCUUCCAUUUCUCUUCUCGGCAACAUCAGAAAAUCCUCUUGUAGCCUUGGUGGAUUCCUACUCCAAGUAUCUUGAGAACAAGCCCGAUGUUGACCUUUGUAGACUCGCCUACACGCUAGGGUGCCGGAGAUCAGCCUUUGCCUUCAAGACAAGCUUCUCGGCCGCAUCACAAGAGGAACUGUGUAGCAAAUUAAGCGAGAGCGCCAGUGAUCAAGGGAACCUGUCCUUUGUGCGUUCCACGACAACAAAUCCCUCUCUCCUCGGAGUCUUCACUGGCCAAGGUGCGCAGUGGCCGAAGAUGGGUGCUUCACUCCUCCAGUCAUCAAAUCGCGCCAUGGAUAUCAUCAACGAGCUGGAUGCCUCAUUGGCAGCGCUGCCGGCCUCUGAACGCCCGUCGUCGACGCUCCGUGACGAGCUCCUGGCCGAUGCGUCGACUUCCCGUGUAGGUGAGGCCACCAUUGCACAACCUCUAGUAUGUGCUGUUCAGAUCCUGCUGGUAACGUCAUUGCGGGACGCUGGGGUUCAGUUCAAGUCGGUUGUUGGGCAUAGUUUUGGGGAGAUUGGAGCUGUCUUUGCCGCCGGUUUCAUCAACCAUAAUGAUGCCAUCCGCAUUGCGUAUUAUAGAGGUUUGCAUUCGAAGCUGGCCCAGAGUGCGAGUGGUGAGACGGGCGGAAUGCUAGUUGCAGGACUGUCAUACGAGGAGGCCAUAGAGCUGUGUGAUCACGAGGACUUCACCGGCCGUAUCACCGCGGCUGCGUCCAACUCCCCGACCAGUGUUACUUUUCUGUUGGUGCUUGAGGAUGAGGAAACCUUUGUCCGGGCUCUGCGCGUCGACAAGGCCUAUCACUCUCAUCAUAUGAAGCCAGCCUCUGGACCGUUCCUAGAGAGUGUCAGGAACUGUGCUAUCAAUAUCAGGACGCCUCCAAACGACGCGCCAACCUGGUUCCCCAAUGUGUACGGGGGCCAAGUCAUGGAGGCAAGUGAUAUUAUCAAGGGGUCGUACUGGAUAGAAAACUUGUUGAAUCCCGUGCUGUUCUCCCAGGCUCUCGAGACGGCUCUGUUGUCGGGCGAUGCUUUCGACGCCGCUGUGGAAAUUGGCCCUCAUCCCGCGCUCAAAGGACCGGCAACAGAGGUGAUGAAGGCCGUGACUGGCAAAAUCAUCCCUUACAGCGGAACUCUAGCCCGCGGCAAGCACGAGGUCGAGUCCUUCAGCGACGCCUUGGGGCAUAUUUGGACCAACGCAGGUCCUUGUUCUAUCCAUCUUGACAGUUAUGGACAAGCCAUGUAUCAAGACUGGAAGACAAUCAAGAUAUUGCGGCAUCUUCCAGCCUAUCCGUGGAACCGCGAUCGGAUCCUAUGGACCGAGUCUAGGGGAACCAAGCUUUGGCGCCAGCAGGAAGGAAAGUUCCACGACAUGCUCGGCACUCGCUGCGCCGAUGGAACAGAGGAAGAAUGGCGCUGGAAGAAUCUGCUGCAUCCCAAGGAGCUGCCGUGGGUGUUGGACCACGCUCUGCAGGGCCAGACCGUCUUCCCCGGAACAGGAUACCUCUGCCUCGCCUUGGAGGCGGCCAUGCAAAUCGCCGGUAACAAUUCUGUCCAGCUCCUCGAGCUGACGGGGGAUGUUGAAGUGUUCCAAGGCGAGACUGGGUACAAGUCCAUCCCUGUGGAAGGCGUUGCUUUUAUCCCCUUUACUGCAGCCACUGCCUCCAACGACCGUGGUCUCUUUGCGCACAAUGUAUACGGCAUCGAGUCUCCCAAUGGGCAAGCUGCCCUGGGCGGCUUCUUCAGCAAGGCUCAGGAGGACUUUGCUGCCUACAAGGACCGGAUGAUCUACAAGACGCUGGACAUCACCGUCGACCCUACCGAGCAAGGAUUUGAACAAGGGGCCUACGACCUUGUAGUGGCCGCCAACGUGCUCCAUGCCACGCCCGACCUGGUUGCCACGCUGUCCAACGCGCGAAAGCUGCUACAUCCAGGCGGCUUCUUGGUCAUGAUGGAAUUCACCGACGAGAGCGUUUUGCGCCUCGGUGUCAUCAUUGGGGGUCUUCCAGGACGGUGGAUUGGAGCAGACACCGGCCGCAAACACUCGCCCUGUGUUUCGCUUCCCGAAUGGAACGACAUCCUGCUCAGUUCUGGCUUCGCCGGUGUCGAGACGUCGACACCCGUCUUGGAUCCAGUUGUUAUGCCAGCCUCCAUCAUCGUCGGCCAAGCCGUCAACAGUGACCUCUUGCUGCCAAGGGAGCCUACUGCCGUCUCUCGCGAACCCGGCAUGGCAAAAAACGCAGAACUCCUCAUCGUUGGGGGCGCUGGAGUGGCUUCGGCCAAGGUCGUCGAGGACGUUGUGGCUACUGUCCGGCCGCAUUACAAACUAUUGUCCAUGCUCGGAGCUGGGACGAACCCGAGUGCGGACCAUGGUUUGAAGAAUCCCACCGUGCUCAGCUUGCAGGAUCUUGAUGGUACUUUCUGGAGGGACAUGACGGUCCGACGAUUCGAAAGGCUCAAGUCUGUCUUUUUGACGGCGGCAAACAUGCUCUGGGCUAUUCUGCAGGUCAUGGACUUGGAAGACGCAUCCAAAGCUGACGGAUCUGUCAUUGCCCAAAGGCUUCUGCGGGUGGACAUGUCGUCGUAUAUGAACAAGACGGGCUCCCUUGGCCGCACCAUGUUCAGCAAUGAGCCAGAACUCAGAUUUCGAGACGGAUACGUCUUGAUCCCACGGUGUCUUUCUCAUGUGGACCAGAAUCACCGCUACGACUCCCUCAAGCGCGUCAUUGACAAGGAGACUUGCCUCGACGAAUCCAUCGCCACGCUCAACUGGUCACGGUCCGCGUACACCCUGAGGGAGGACGAGUGCGCAGUUUUGCCUUGUUUAGCAGACCACCGGCGGGUUCGUGUCGAUUCGUCGCUUGCUUCGUCCAUUGUCACUCCUGCCGGUCGCUUAUUCUUCAGCCUGGGCACUGACAUGGACACGGGCCGGCGAGUCGUGUCGGCCUCGAGCAAGAACUCUUCGGCCAUUUUGGUCCCUCAAAAGUGGUCAGUCGACGUUGAUGUCAGCAGGAGUAUCGAUUCUCAGUACCUCUCUUUCCUCUCGGGCUAUCUGUUGAGUCAGCACCUCUCAUCCAGGAUGCCUGCUGGGGGGGACUGUCGUCGUCCACGAGCCAGACCCGGGCUUGGCCUCGAUGAUGUCGCGGCAGCUAGCCACCAUGGGAUGCAAGGUCUUGUUCACAACGGCUGCGACUGA